GCAGCCAUGAGGUUCCCUACCGUCACAGCUCACAGUAAGGAGUUGGCCACAUCUCAACAACUAAAGGCAUGCAGGGAGCAGCUUCUUACAAGAGAAGCGGAAAUCGCGGAGCUGAAAGCCGAAAGGAACAACACCAGGCUGCUGCUGGAACACCUGGAGAUCCUGGUUUCCCGGUAUGUGCCGUCCCUCGGGAUGACGGCGGGCCCGCAGCAGGCGCAGUCCCCAGCCAGCAUGACCAGCGAGGUGGAGCUGCUCAGGGCGCUGAGAUUGCUCUUUGAGCACCACAAGGCCCUGGACGAGAAGUUGAGAGAGCAACUGCGACACGCUCUCGAAAGGUGUAGUUCCUUAGAAGAGGAAUUAAGGACCGCACACAAACAGGUGCAGAGCCAGAGGGAGCAGGACUGGGAGUCCGCGCAGCAGGCCAGCGUGGAGGCAACCGUUGCCCAGGCCUUCGAGAGUGACGAGGAUGUGUCUGACGGCAAGGGCGACGGAGUCACCCUCCUCAGCUCGGCCGAUCAGCUGCCGCCCAGUGGGCAGGCCGAUGCCGACUCUCCGCCUGUGAUGCUUCAUGAGCAGCUGGAUGCCAUCAGUGAAGAGAUCUGGUGGGAGGAGAAGGAGAGCGCGGAGCAGCGGGCCAAGGAGACUGAGAGCAGGGCGGGCGGGGCGCGCUUAGGCAGCCUUCGGCGUUUUAAGUCACUGAGCUCCCUCAACCUGUGUCCUGCCUCCUCACUUGCCGGCUCCUGCCCGCCCAGCAGGGGGCGCUCCCCACCCCGAGGGAGGCAGCACAGCCCGGAACUCCAGGGAGACUGGCUGGACGUCCUGACUCCGGUGCAGAGCCAGAGGGAGCAGGACUGGGAGUCCGCGCAGCAGGCCAGCGUGGAGGCAACCGUUGCCCAGGCCUUCGAGAGUGACGAGGAUGUGUCUGACGGCAAGGGCGACGGAGUCACCCUCCUCAGCUCGGCCGAUCAGCUGCCGCCCAGUGGGCAGGCCGAUGCCGACUCUCCGCCUGUGAUGCUUCAUGAGCAGCUGGAUGCCAUCAGUGAAGAGAUCCGGUGGAUCCGGGAGGAGAAGGAGAGCACGGAGCACCGGGCCGAGGAGCCUGAGAGCAGGGCGGGCUGGGCGUGCUUAGGCAGCCUUUGGUGUUUUAAGUCCCUGAGCUCCGACAACCUGUGUCCUGCCUCCUCACUUGCCGGCUCCUGCCCGCCCAGCAGGGAGCGCUCCCCGCCCCGAAGGAGGCAGCACAGCCCGGAGCUCCAGGGAGACCGGCUGGGCUUCAUGACUCUGCCUAGUGAGUUAAGGAAGCAUCGUCGAAAGCUGCCAGCUUUAAUGGAAGAGGUAGAAGAUGACGAGACCACCAUCAAAGGUGAAACCUCGAGCCCUGCCUCGCCACGGUCCCUUCGGCUGGACCGGCUGCACACGGGGGCGCUGCGCGCGGCCGGCCCCGAGGACGUCAGGGACGCCCGCAACUCGACCGGCUCUCAGGACAGCCCCGGGGGCAACCCCAGCAGCAGCACCAUCAGCCAGGACUCGCUGCAGAAAGCUGCGAAGAAGAAGGGCAUCAGGUCCUGCAUCGGCCGCUUGUUUGGCAAGAAGUAAAAGGGCCGGCCUGGACUCCCGCGGGGCGCCAAGGUCACGUUCUCUGCCGCUGAGGGCUCUCCAGGGCCGACCUCCGCAGACCCACCGACCCUCCACUCCCAGGGCGUGGCCUCCGUGCCCCCUCGGGACCAGGCCGGCCUGUACUCACCCCGAAGCUCAGCAAGACUGCCAGCUUUAUGGGAAGAGGUACGAGAUGACAAGACCACCAUCAAAUGUGAAGCCUCGACCCCCACCUCGCUGCGGUCCCUUCGGCUGGACCGGCUGCAGACAGGAUGCUGUACACGGCCAGCCACACGGACGUCAGGGACGCCUGCAAUCCCAGGGAGAGCACUGCGGGCGCAGCAGGUGCUGGACGUGCUCCGUGAGGAGUGGAGGCCGAGGCCGCCGGGACCGCCCGAGUCCCUGUGGGUCACGCGGUGUCCUGGGCGUGCGGGGACACCCUCGGGCCUCACGCCUCCCCGUGGGACUCGGCCCCGGCUCCAGGCUCUGAGCCGCGCAGCGCUGCAGGGCUGGGGCCCGGUGCUGGUGAAGGGGAGCCCUGCGAACCCUCGUAGGAGGUGCUGGGCUGUGCGGACGCUGCUCCAGGUAGCCUGGAGACAAGGCUUGCGUUUUGCACAAUGGGAGGGGCCGGCUGCUGUGGUCUGGCGGGAGCUCUGGGUCGGGAUGCCGGCCUGGUAUGUGGCUGCUUGCCCAGCCAGCGUGAAGAGCGCCGCCAUCAUGUCCGCCCUGUCGGGCGCAGGGAUCCAGCGUGAGAUCGGCAUCAGCACGCUGCGCCAGCUGAAGCUGCGGCUGGCGAUCCGGGAGAUCACGUCCCUGAGCAGCCCCUCCGCCCCUCCCACGUCCAGAACCACCUCAGGAAACGUCUGGUGAGCACAGGAGAUGGAGAUACUCACGGCCAUGCCGCCAACCGAGGAUGAGGAGGGAAGCUGGGCUCAGACCCUCGCAUACAGGGACGUGAGCCUCGAGCGGAUCGGCACCGAGUGACUGCCCAGCCUGGGCCUCCGGCAGCACCGCAGCUACGUCAUGGAGUGCCUUGUGGACACGCGGAUGCUGGACCACUUGACCAAGAAAGACCUUUGCGGACAGCUGAAAAUGGUUGAUAGUUUUCACAGAAACAGUUUGCAGUGUGGAAUUGUGUGCCUGUGAAGGUUGAAUUAUGACCGAAAAGAACUGGAAAGGAAAAGAGAAGAAAGCCAGAAUGAACUAGCACAGAAUGAAAGGCUAGUACAGUCCUGUUUCUUGGUUCCCAGUGUAUAAGCCGCCUCAGAGGUUUCCUGUUGGAAAGAAAAACUCAGGAAAUGCUUUCCGAGGAGAAAUCACAC